AACAGGCAGCGGGCAGUUUCCGGGGCUGAUUGACGCUGGGGGGGUUGCUAAUGCCAUCGGAGAAACCGGGAAACGGCGGCUCUGCUCCCCCGCCUCACCUCCUCCACAAGUGGCAGAGCCUGUGUCGGGCACCUCUGCAGCCCCAAGACGGAUGUUUCGUCAGAAUAAGCUGCUGUUCCCAGCUAGAAGCCCAUGGAUAAAAUGAGUUGAAGUCAGGAAUUGUUGAUAUACCAAGGCUUGUGAGUCAUCUCUACCGCAUCACCUGGUCUGGCAGAGAAACGUGGGGCAAAAACUUCUCUUUGCAGUGCAUGGACGGAAAGCCAAUGCGCAGGUGUGCUAAUAAUCGAGCAGGUGAAACCGGAAUGGAUGUCACAAGCCGCUGCACCCUUGGAGAUCCCAACAAGCUGCCCGAAGGGGUGCCGCAGCCCGCUCGCAUGCCUUACAUCUCGGACAAGCACCCUCGGCAGACUCUGGAGGUCAUCAACCUGCUGCGGAAGCACCGGGAGCUGUGCGAUGUGGUGUUGGUUGUGGGGGCCAAGAAGAUCUAUGCCCACCGGGUGAUCCUAUCAGCCUGCAGUCCUUACUUUCGAGCCAUGUUCACGGGGGAGCUGGCAGAGAGUCGGCAGACCGAGGUGGUCAUCAGAGACAUUGACGAAAGGGCCAUGGAGUUGCUGAUUGAUUUUGCAUACACUUCUCAGAUUACAGUGGAAGAGGGUAAUGUCCAGACCUUACUGCCAGCCGCCUGCCUCCUCCAGCUAGCUGAGAUCCAGGAAGCCUGCUGUGAGUUCCUGAAAAGACAGUUGGAUCCUUCCAAUUGCCUUGGUAUCAGAGCCUUUGCCGAUACCCACUCAUGCCGUGAACUGCUGAGAAUUGCUGACAAAUUCACCCAGCAUAACUUCCAAGAGGUGAUGGAGAGUGAGGAGUUCAUGCUGCUUCCAGCCAACCAGCUCAUCGACAUCAUCUCCAGCGACGAGCUGAACGUCCGGAGUGAAGAGCAGGUGUUCAACGCUGUGAUGGCAUGGGUAAAAUACAGCAUUCAGGAGAGGCGACCUCAGCUCCCCCAGGUGUUGCAACACGUCCGGCUACCUCUGCUCAGUCCAAAGUUCCUGGUGGGCACAGUUGGUUCAGAUCCAUUAAUUAAAAGCGAUGAAGAAUGUAGGGACCUAGUGGAUGAAGCCAAGAACUAUCUGCUGUUGCCCCAAGAGCGGCCACUGAUGCAGGGUCCAAGAACUCGCCCACGCAAACCCAUCCGCUGUGGAGAAGUGCUCUUUGCAGUGGGUGGCUGGUGCAGCGGGGAUGCAAUUUCCAGUGUUGAGCGUUACGACCCUCAAACCAACGAGUGGCGGAUGGUGGCUUCUAUGAGCAAAAGGCGGUGCGGCGUUGGUGUCAGCGUCUUGGAUGACCUUUUGUAUGCAGUGGGGGGUCACGAUGGUUCCUCCUAUCUUAACAGUGUAGAACGAUACGACCCAAAGACAAAUCAAUGGAGUAGCGAUGUGGCGCCCACCAGCACCUGCAGAACCAGUGUAGGGGUGGCAGUUCUUGGUGGCUACCUGUAUGCUGUGGGUGGCCAGGAUGGUGUUUCUUGCCUCAAUAUUGUCGAAAGGUAUGACCCAAAAGAGAACAAAUGGACUCGAGUGGCUUCCAUGAGUACCAGGCGCCUUGGGGUCGCUGUGGCUGUGCUAGGGGGCUUCCUUUAUGCUGUUGGGGGCUCUGAUGGGACAUCUCCUUUGAACACAGUGGAGCGCUACAACCCCCAGGAAAACCGUUGGCACACAAUAGCACCCAUGGGUACCCGGCGUAAGCAUCUAGGUUGUGCAGUAUACCAAGAUAUGAUAUAUGCUGUUGGAGGUAGAGACGACACUACAGAACUUAGCAGCGCAGAGCGAUAUAACCCCAGGACCAACCAGUGGUCUCCUGUGGUGGCCAUGACAUCACGCCGUAGCGGGGUUGGUCUUGCUGUGGUGAAUGGACAGCUCAUGGCCGUGGGAGGCUUUGAUGGAACAACAUACUUGAAGACCAUUGAAGUGUUUGACCCGGAUGCUAACACGUGGAGACUCUAUGGAGGAAUGAACUACCGUCGUCUUGGUGGCGGCGUAGGAGUUAUCAAAAUGACACAUUGUGAAUCUCAUAUAUGGUAAACAACCAAUGAGAGGAAUACCUUCCUCUGUGUUCAUUCCUGUCAAAACUGAUCAGCCUGAUGACUUCUGAGUUCUCUGAGGCUCUAGUAAAAGCACGAUCACUUAUAUUCUUUGCCGGUGCCUCUUCUUGUGGGAAUGUAAUGGACGUUGAACACAUUUUCCCCUCCUGUCGUACUGUUACAGAAGACCAUCCUACUUUCUUCAGCAAACGGACUGGAGCAUGUAGUUUUCCUUGUCUGUCUCUUCCCUUCAUCCUGACUUACUGAACAAACUGGAAUUUGAUGUUACUCUUAACUUAGUAAUAACUUAAGACCUCAAAGUGGACUUAAGGUCUGUCAAACAAUGGCCCACUCAAAGAACGGCAUCUGUCCUGAAGGUGAGUGUGUAUCUGACACAUUCUUCUAUCAUUUAACCUUCUCUACAGAGAAUUUGGUCAACCAUUAUCACAUCUACUCUUAUCUCACUGAAAUUGAAGGUAGUUGUGUAAGCCCCCAUUUAUUUCACCAAGAGCAAGGUAAGAGAUGCUGCAAUAGUUCUAGCAGAUACGUUGAGCCUUUUUCCAUUGAAUUUUUAUCUUUUUUUAUACUAUAAGAACUUUUACGUUAACUUUAAAUGGGUGGAUUGUUACAUGCAGCUUUCCAGAUGAAGUAAUUUGCAAAUUCUGAUCACUGUGUAGGUUUUUGAAAGCAGAAAGCUAUAUCCUGAAGUUGUCAGUCUCAUGGGAAAACUGAAAACAAAUGAUUAGUGUGCAUAGUGUCUUAAGCAAAGAACAGAAGUGUAACAACCAGGAGUAUAACACACACUGUGGGUAAUUUCAUCCCAAACACUGGGAUGAGCAAGAACGUACUAAUAUGCUCCUCAUUUCAGUGAAGCAUCUCCUGAGAAUGUGUCCCUUUGCUUCAAUAAUGAGGCUCACAUUCUGCAUACUUUAUAUCUCUUGUCAACUUAAGGAGCACAAACUAGAGUGAAUAUUCCUGUAUUAUAUACACAGGCCCAUGUGUGCUGCAGUUAAGCAGUCGUUGGGAUCGAGAAGCAACGUGGUACAUUUUAAAAAGCAGUUGACUUCCUUUCUCUUCUAUUCAUUACAAUUUCAGAGCACUGUGUAUUUUGGGGCUCUGUGGCAUAACAGUGCUUAUCUUAGUACACCAUGGAAAGAAGUGAUUAGCAUUACAGUGAAAGUAUUGUGACUGCCAUCUUUUUCUGAAACAUAGCUCAUUCUCAGUCGGUUCAGAGGAUUAUAGCCUUAAAAAUCGCAAAUGGAUUAAACUGGUAUCAUUUUUGCAGCUUGCUUGGGGCAAAGAAUGAAUGCAAUUUGACCAGUCAUUUAUGGCGGCCUGCCUGGGGCUUGACUAUUCUCAGUGUUUGCAGCACAAAUAAAAAGAAGCCAGUGUACUGGGCUUGGUGGACCAUGAAUUCUGCAAAGUUUAGCAACACCAGUUAAAACCUUCCUUACAUAGCUUUAUUUGUAAGCCUUCACAGCUUCAGUGUAUUCGAGUGUUGGGAAUGGGGGAGGAGAUGGUUAACACAAGGGGCUCUUUGGGACAGCUCCCAGAGGUGAAACCCCUUCGUUUUGCCCAAAAGGUUGGCAUUCUUGCGUUUACAUUUUGAACAUUUGCACCUUUACAAAGAAAAAGUAUUCUGUAAACAGUUGUUUACAUGUAUCAUUAAUGCUUUUUCUAGCAUGAGUUAACUUGUAUAAAUAGCAUUACCUUAAUAAAAUCUUGUUUGGGA